ACGCCAAGAUCUCGAAGGAGGCGAAGGAGACGAUGCAGGAGUGCGUUUCUGAGUUCAUCAGCUUCGUCACCGGUGAGGCCUCGGACAAGUGCCACAAGGAGAAGCGCAAGACCGUGAACGGCGAUGACAUCGUCUGGGCACUUGGGUCCCUAGGGUUUGAUGACUAUGCCGAGCCGCUCAAGCGGUACUUAAAUCGGUAUCGGGAGGUCGAAGGGGAGAGGGCCAGCCAAAACAAGGUCACAGGCGGCGAAUCAAGAAACGAGAAGAACUUGUACGGGGAUGAGUCGCCGGAGAAGCAGCUGGGCGCUGCCUCUUCGUCGCCUCUGAAGUUCUUUGAUGUGGCCGACAGGAGUACCAAUGGCUCUUUCUCUAAGAGGUAUUGAGAGGUACACCCCAUCUUGGAAAUCAAUCUAACUAAAACUACAGAUUUUUAGUUUUGGUAGUAAAUAGCAUAUAUAUAAGUGAAGCAAUCAAAAAUAUAUAUGCUUGUGGUGGUGUGUGUUGCUGGCAACUCAUGGUUUGCAUCUUAGAAUUAGCAUAGAUUUCCUUUCACUGACUAUUGGUAGAUGCAGAAUAAUUAUGUACAAUUGAUGUUGGUUGUUUGUUGGAACAUUUGGAUGCUUAAUUUGCAGCUACUUUUAUGCGAAUGACACAAGUUUUGCAACUUUGGGUUUUGUAGUGGAGGUACUUUGUGUUGAAUUGAUCAAGAGUGAGGGUUUCCGUCUAUACUAAA